AUGUAUAAUGAGGUUAGGAGGCAACGUGCCUUAAGGAAUGGUGAUGUGAAUGCGGCUCUAAGGUUUUUUGAGAGAUGUGUAAGGGGGGAUGAAAAGAUGUUCUGGAGGUUUGAAGUUGGGCCAGACCAACAUAUGUGUGACCUUUUCUGGAGCGACAGGCGUAGCCAAGAUGAUUACAAGAUCUUUGGUGAUGUUCUUGCCUUUGAUGCGACGUAUGGUCGAAACAAGUACAAUCUACCAGUUGUUGUGUUUUCCGGGGUCAAGCACCACAACCAGACAUGUGUGUUUGCCACGGCCAUGGUCUCGUGCGAAUCUCAAGUGUCGUAUGUUUGGGUGUUGAGAAAGUUUUUGGAAUGCAUGGGUGGUAAAGCUCCUAAGGCGGUAAUAACUAAUGGGGAUCGAUCCAUGUGCUUAGCCAUUCAAAAAGUAUUUCCUGAAGCACAUCAUCGGUUGUGUGCAUGGCACCUACUGAGGAAUGCAACCGUGAAUGUGUGCAAGCCGCGGUUCACAAUGCUUUUGAGAAGUUGUAUGUUGGUUGACAUAGAAGUUGAAGAGUUUGAGAAGCAAUGGGAGGCGAUGGUGGAGGAGUGCGGGGUCAGAGAAGUCAAGUGGGUUAAGGAUUUGUAUAGGAAGAAGUUAUCAUGGGUCACCGCGUACAUUCAUGGGUUUUUUUUGCCGGCCUAA